UCUGUGCAAUGUAUUUUUUUUAUUUAAUAUUAGUUAUUAAUAUUAUACAUACAAUCGGUUGCAGAAAAAUAAAACUGUUUUAAACAAUAAUCGCUGCUUUUAAGCUAAAGGACCACAAAUCAAAAUAGACCAAAAUCACUUUUAUUAAAAAAAUGUAACAAAAAUCCAAUAUUUUCUUAUUUCACAUAAUUACAAAUUAAUACGAAAAUACGAGUGUAAAUAAGAAAAUAUAUUUAUUUUAUAUAUUUUUCUUUUCGUCAGUUAUAUGGAGACGAUGUUACAUAUCUUCAAGGGAAAUAUCGGUAGCGGCUUGUUGGCUAUGGGCGACGCCUUCAGGAAUGGCGGGAUAGUAUUUGCUACCAUUAGCACAGUGGUACUCGGCAUUAUAUGUGUUCAUGCACAGCACAUAUUGCUAAACAGUGCAGAGAGUAUGCGUGAGCAUGUGAAGGACGGGCGAACUAUCGGGUUCGCUGAGACGGUACGACUGGUAUUCGAGCAAGGUGGGCCCCGGCUGCGGGCUCGCGCUCGUCUCAUGGGGAUCCUCGUCGACACCUUCCUGUGUGUCACGCAGCUCGGCUUCUGCUGUGUCUACAUUGUCUUCAUAGCCAACAACAUCAAACUGAUCUGCGACCACUAUAACGUCCGCAUAGACCUGUCUAUCCACAUGAUCUUUGUGGUUAUACCUGUUCUGUUGGCGUGCAUGGUCCGAAACCUCAAGUUUCUCACGCCCUUCUCUACGAUUGCUAAUUUACUGAUGGCUGUGGGCGUUGGGGCUGUUUUAUAUCAGGCUUGCCAGGAUCUCCCAGACGUCUCUACUAGGGAUUACAUUGCUUCCUGGCAGCAAUUGCCUUUGUAUUUUGGUACCGCCGUGUAUGCCUUUGAAGGAAUCGGUUUGGUUUUGCCUCUGAAAAACGAGAUGCGUCAUCCAGAGCAGUUUCAGAAGCCCUUUGGUGUGCUAAACGUGAGCAUGGUGAUAGUCGGAAGCAUCUUUAUCGUGACCGGAUUUUUGGGCUACCUGCAGUGGGGUGACGACGUACAGGGCAGUCUCACGUUGAACUUACAACCUGGUUUGAUGUUAGUCUAUAUAUUGUGAACAUACAAUACGUUUGUUUUUUAUUUUAUGGAUUCAACACUGUAUAGCAGCGCAAGUAAGUAGGUUCGAUAAAAUUUGGUAUAGUAAUUUUUAUAUUGAACUAUGUUUUAUGAAAUUAUAUAAGGAGUUUAUUAAGAGUUCUGAAUGCAAUUUACUACAGUCAAUUUAUCAUUUUUAAACUAUCGCGCUGCAUUAUUAAAUACUCAUAACACAGGGUAUUAGACGCGAUUUCACACUGACCUGCGCCGACGUUUUGGCCGUCA